AUGACCAAUGGAGGCAACGGGGAGGGUGGAAGUCAACGGAAAAAGAAUCCUUCUCGUGGCAAUGACUUUCCCUAUGCAGUCGCUAGAAUGGCCGUGGCGCAGAUAUGCGAGAGCGUGGAGAUCAGCACUUUCCAGGAGUCACAUUCACGGGAAGGUGCGAGGUUUAGUUCUUUUCAGGAAUCUGCGCUGGAGAGAUUGACUGAUGUAAUGAUACAGUACAUUCAAAGCGUUGGGAAGAUGACGCAGUUUUAUGCUAAUAUGGGUGGUAGAGUAGAAGGUAAUGGUUUGGAUAUUGUUCAAGCGCUUGAGGAUUUGGGGUCUGGAUUGGGUUUUAGCGGUGGGCAUGAUGUUGAGCGUUGUCUUGCUGAUUCCGGUGUGGUUAAGGAUAUUAUUCGGUUUACGGGUGAAGUUGAGGAAGUGCCUUUUGUUUAUUCUCUUCCUCGUUUUCCUUUUAAUAGAGGGAAGAGACGAGCUCCUAGCUUCUCUGAGAUUGGAGGAGAGAUGCCAGAUGAGCAUAUUCCGGUUUGGCUUCCUGCUUUUCCUGGAACCAAGAUGUUGAAGGAGGUUGAGGAGAGUAAUGUUGAGAAAGUUGAAGGAGAGGUGAAGAGGAAAGAGAAUGGACUGUCUUUGCCGAGUAUGCAGCAGUCUGUGGAUGUUGAUAGGUUAAAAGUUCAGAAAUCUAUGGAUCAAGAGGAUGUUCAGGAACCAGCAGAGGAACCGGAGGGUAAUCCAUUCCUUGCUGCACCAGUUUGGGUUAGUGAGAAGAACGUGCCACCUGUGCUGUGCCCGUCUGAGCCAACAAAUGAAGAAGUUAGCAUUGGCCUUGUUCCUGAGAAACAAACAAACAAGAGUCAUCACAUUCCACCCCUUGAGGCACAUGCUCUACCUGGCAUGAUCAACGACGAGAGCAGAUUAGGUGGAACGGAUGAUGGGGAGAAAACAGAUAGUGCAAGAACACAACGAGCUUUACUCCGUUUCAAGAUUGGAACUCGAAAAGCCUCUAUGUGUUGGACAAUAAAGCAGAGCUUAAAAGAUAAGGGUUGGUUUCUAGAGGAUGGAGAUAAGAGGGAGAAAAAGGUGGAACGCGAAGAAAAACUCGAAACCAUUGACACAGAUGUAAAUUAGGUAUUUUGUGACUUAGAAUAUGUAGACGGAAUACCAUUGUUUCUUGAGUUUAGACAUAGUUUGCAAUUGAAUACGUGCCCCGUUAGUGAAAUGAGAUUUUUUUUUACUGGUUCAAAAUACUAGAGGAAGGUGUGUGGUCUUUAGCAUCAUUUGCUGGUGAAACAUUCUUUUUCAAGUGGAGACAUAAUAUCCUCACUUCUACUGAGAAUUGAUUUCCUUUAAGUGUGGCAGUGUUGAUAAUUCUAACAUUAUUCAGAGUUGUUGGAAGAGAAGUGGUGUUUGGUCUAAAAUGUU